AUGUGCGGAAUUCUACCCUCAAUAUCUCGAAGAGUCUCGAAAAUGCCGUCGCGGUAUGGCUGGACGGACCGAAACCUCUGUCGACCCAACCAAAUUAAAGCAUUUGUCGCCUCUAUAGACGAAGGGGCUAUCUGCCACCUCGCCUCUCAGCACAAUGACCGUAAGCCCUGCAACAUCACCAGGCAGAGCAGGGGAAGCUUCAACGUCUGCUUCUUUGCUCGUUUUGGCGACAGCACCACAUUGGUUGUCAGAAUCCCUUUAGAGCCUGUGGUUGACGAUAGUUGGACCAAGGUCCAGAGCGAGGUUGCCACCAUGCGUUAUCUGAAGCUGAAGACGAGGAUCCCCGUCCCUCAUGUCCAUGCGUACGGCCAAACCACGCAACUGACGAAGGAUGGGUCCACCACAACGACAUUCAUGAUCUCCGAAUUUAUCCCUGGCCAAACAAUUCGCCUCGACGACGUGAAAAAGACGACCAAGGAGCGCCGAAGACGAUUCUUGGACGAUCUGACCGACGUCCUCGUCGAGUUGCGUCAGUUAGAGUUCCCUGCCGCCGGCUCCUUGAUGCCAAACCCCGAUGACGAAUCCGAACCAGUUGUCGACGGCUUUCUCAGUAUGGCUAUGAAUGAGCUGCAGGUAGAUCGCGGGAGGAAGUGCAGCCUAUCAUCCUUUUCUUCCGCCGAGGCAUUCAUGGACUACCAAUACGCUAUCCUAUCCAACAGUUGCGAAGUGCCGUCCGUAUCCUUAGACCAGCAGGUGGCAGAAGAGGAGCUAUUCAUACUUCACACCUUGGCGGAACGAAUUCCGCAGCUUCUAAAUCCCCGAUGGUCAAAUGGCCCGUUUAUCUUGACCCACCUAGACCUUACAUGUGGAAACAUCGUCGUCGACGAGGACCUACACAUCAUUGGCAUCAUCGACGGGGAAUUCGCCGGCACGGUGCCUCUGCAAUACUUCACACCGCCGCUCUGGGUCACAGGCCAUAGUCGCCCUGGACUGAUCUUUCCCUCAAUGGACCCCAUUAUCCAGGACUUUAAAGAAGCCCUUCAAGCCAAAUCCGCCACCUCUGAGGGCUGCGCCCAGCUCAUGCGAGAGUGGAACUGGAACACGCAACAGGAGUCGAUGUUUCCCAUGGUUCAAAUCCUGCGUCGUCCCCAUACGCUACUCCGGGUCUAUCGUGCAUUUAUCAACAAGGGCGACUACAAAGAAAAUGUUGCCAACUUCUUUGAGCAUCAUAGCAGAGCGAAGGACCUCGUGUCGGUGGCAGAGCGCCGAGUUGAGUCGUCCAACCGGUACACUCGAUACUUGGAAGAUCACGGACUUUUGGUUAUCGAUGAAGAGGCCGAACAGAAAGAGGCCGAAUUUAUUGCUAUCCUUAAGGAAGGCAUCGCAAAAGCCAAGGCAAUCCAAGAGGACCUGGAAAAGUUGUUGUGAAACGAGCGACCUGACAACUUGCGGUACGCUUGGUGUAGCUGAAAGGAUAGCCCUGUAACUCCUGAGCCUGCAUGUGUGCUUGAAGCGAGUUGAUAUACUCUUGGCCCUUUUCUCCGACCCCGGUCUCCUUUUGCCUCUUGAGCUAGAUGAGCUUUCGACAUCUGAUUUGCAUAUCUCGGGAAAGGCGAUGACAGUCACAAAGGUUGUCAGCGCGUCCAGGAGUAGGGGUAGAGGCUUUAGCUUUCUUACUUUCCCAACCCCUUUUCUAUUCCUCUUCGUUGCCUUCUCAACGACCGUCUAUCACAAAGUCCAAGACAUGCUAUGUACGGAGCACAGUGCAACCGAGAGCUCAGUCUACGUUAUCAGGGAGACACUCGCAACCACACCGAACUCACAUCAGUUGCAAUGCUGGGAACACCAUUGUCCAAAGCAAGCUAUAAGAAUAUCUGAAAUGAAAUGAUUC